AUGUACACAAACUUUCGUGUGAUGAACCUACACUGCGUUCCGAAGGACCUGUCGCGAUUCACCGUGUCCGCCACCACGUCAUCUUCAUCCUCCAAAAACACCCCCUGCUACCUCACUCCCCUUGACGUCGACCCCAACAGCCGCGCAACCUGCACCGACCUCAUCUACCGCAGCGCCGCGACCCACACUCUCCACCGAGGCCAAAGCCGGCAUUGCAACCACUGGAAUCUUCAGCGCACUUGUCGUGUUUCUUCCCAAAAUCGACAUAAUCUGGCCAAGAAGAAGGCGCCCUCGAACACGUCCUUCCGCCACGGACCCCACGGGAGAAAGCCAGAACUUCCAGGCGAAAGGAUCGAGCAUCACCAUCUUGCAUCAGCGAUCAUCCACGAGCUUGAUUGGCAGCCCAAACCCAAUGAAACCAAGUCUCGUGCUGCGCCGAUGGACAAGGAAGUGGAAUGGGUGGGUUGGGAAGCCCCAGCCUUGGUGGAGGUCGAUAUGAGUCGGCCGCCGGCUGCAUCGACGAAUGGUGGCAAUGACCAUCAUGAUAGACUGCCGCAGUUGGCGAGGCAACCCCAGGCCCAGGGUCGAGUCCGCAUUCGCCCCAGCAGCGCGAACUGA